CUGUAGGCGGUUCAAAUGAACAUAAUCAUCGAAUAUAUUCAAACAAACGCUGCAACAUGAAAGUCGCGCAAUUUUUUAUCAUUGUUAGUGCGUUUUAUGCUUCUUCUUUUGCUUGGGAAGCCACUAUUCUGUAUGAUCCGUCAACACAUCAGUCUAGUCACUGCUUCAGCGACAAAAACGAAAUAGGAACAAUGGAUAAAGGAGAACAAAAAACAUUGGCGAAUGAAUGCGUAUUAGCAAAGUGUUUGAACAAUAGGAACAUUAGAUUAGUAGGGUGUGGGAGCCAACAUGCAGAGCCACCUUGCAAAAUUGUCGAUGGAGAUUUGUCUAAACCUCAUCCAGAUUGCUGCCCUCAGAUUGAAUGUUCCUAAGAAUUAGAAAUAUAAAACUUUCCAACAUUUAAUUAUCUCGCUUUUAUCAAUCUAUCGGAACUUGAUAGAUAUCACAGGGAUGAAUAUUCUUUCAACAUUCUCCAAAAUAUUAGAAAGGGCCUAAAACUAACAAAUUAUUUAGAGAAAAAUUUGCUUAUGCCUUCAAUACGAAAGGUUUCAGCUGUAAAACAGCCCUUUUCAAUAUUACUGAUGAUAUAAUUCAAGCAACUGAUAGAUACAAUUUCGAUAUCGCUGGACUUCAAUAGAGCAUUUGAUGAGCUCAGUAUAUCAAAUGGGAAUAAUUUUGUAAUUAAGAAGCAAAACAAGAGUAACAAAUAUAUUUAUGAAUAAUUGUCUUGGAAAUGAUUAAUUGAAAUACAAUAUGAAAAAACUAAUAAAUUCUGAAAAUUA